AGAUUCAAAACAAAGGGCUGAGGAACGCCUUUUCAGCCAAGUCUCCCUAUCACCACGAUGGACUUCCCCUCAACGGUGGCAUAAAGACUUGGAAUUUUUUCACCGUCAGUUAUAGGCGUAAUCGAACUAGUUCAUAACUUGGAAAGUCAACCCUAGGGUAUUCCUCACCCUAUCAAUGCUCCUCAACAGCUGUGAGCUUCCCGCAUUCGAAAGGGCAAUCGUAGGACCUGCGCUAAACACUGGACGACAAGUGUAGCCUGGCAUUGCGAUUGGGUAAAACGCACAUCCAAAAAAAUCAAAGGAGGGAAACAUACCAAACAAACUGCAGGUUUGGAAGUGGGAAGGUGCAUCCAUCCUUCCAAUGAUAAAAUUCGAAUACGCUUUUUUUUUAGAACUUUCUGCAUUCAGUCACUCGAAUAGGGAAUCCCUGUGAAGAAACCCUGCAAGGGUUAAACGCGAGGAUCUAAGCAAAGUGCAUCAUCUGCUUAGUAUGGGCUUUUCAAAACCGACGAUACACAAGACUAUACCAGUAGUCGUAAAAUUUUAAACUGCUCUUCUCCUGGUAUACUUAAGCAUCAUAUUGAUAAUAUUUUGUAUCUACUUAUUAGCAGAAAAAAAAAGGGUUGCCAUCACAUAACGUUAUUUUCUGUAUCUACUGAUGUUCUCUUUCAUUACAUUAUUGGAUGGAUUAUGGAUGGUCUCCAACUCUGGUUUACUUACUUCUAAGCAAGUAUCUCCUUUAAUUUUUUCUUAAGUUAGCAUAACAUCUCUAAAUAAACUUAAACUAAACAAUAUGGCUCGUGGUUUUGGCGGUGGUGGAGGGGGAAAUCGCGGAGGGCAGGGGUUUGGUGGAUCCCGUGGAGGGGGCUCUAGUGGCGGCCGGGGUCGUGGCGGAUUCUCUGCGGAGCCGGACCCUCCGGAACAAAUUCAGCAGGUCGGUGUGUUCAUGAACGCCGCGGAGGGCGAUCUCGUCUACAAGGUAACCACCAGCGGUACCAUUCCCCGUUUUAACGCCUUCGUUUACACGGAGAAGAAGGCGAAGAUCGGCAAGAUCGAUGAAAUCCUGGGGAAUACGACGGAUGUGAUGUUCUCGGUGAAACCCCACCCGGGCGUCCAGCCGGCCUCUAUUAACGAGGGCGAUAAGGUCUUCAUCUCCCCCACGCAGUUCUCGCCGAUGCGGAUGUUCACCGACCCGCCGAAGCCGCGCGGGCGCGGGGGAAGGGGAGGUGGCGGGGGUGGACGCGGGGGUGGUCGUGGCAGCUUCAGCGGCGGUCGUGGAAGUUUCGGAGGUGGUGGUCGUGGGAGCUUUGGCGGAGGUGGGGGCGGGCGUGGCAGCUUCGGCGGUGGGGGUGGCGGGCGUGGGAAUUUUGGCGGAGGUCGUGGCAGCUUUGGCGGCGGACGCGGCUCCGGUAAUAGACCUCGGCGAGGUUUUUAA